AUGUCGCAGAUGGGAACAAUUGCUCGGCAGGGCACAUUUGACACUGCACCGGCUGAUUCUAUCAAGGGUAACAGCAUAAAACGAGGCGAUAUAGAGAUACCGAUUGUGGAACCAGAGUCGAAGUGUCUCCAACAAAAGCUCAAAGAUUCGAAACCUCCUGCAGGGGGUAGUAAUAAUCAGUUUGCCAAUGUACCGCCUACCAGUACAUCAAAACCUCAAGGCUCAACCGAUCCACAGCAGAGUUCGUCCAAAGCGGCUCUGAGUGCACUCAACAGUAAAAUAUCCAAGGGUAAUGCACCUGCUCCAGUUACAAGCAGAGCAGACGACAAACCAAAGCCUGCCUUCUCGGAUUCUCUGUCCAAGCGCCUGCGCGAUUCACCAAGACGGGAUCCCAGUCCAACGAAGCAGGUUGAAGAAGAGAAGAAGUCCAGUAAAGAGGUUCGGAAACAGUCGGAUAGCUCGGUAGGUUCGAGUAACAGAAAUGACAAACAAGGCGAGAAAUCUGCUCAAGUGUCUCCUUCCUCGAAUUCAAAGAAGGACAGAUAUGUUGAUGUGUCUAAAAGAAAACGAUCUGAGUCUGACGUGUCUGUGAACAAUAGUAGACCAAGUAGGCCCCGGAACAGACCGGAUCGUGGUGUGUCGAACUCAAUGUCACAAGACAGAGCAAAGGAAGGUAUUCGGCCUCGAAAACUUUCGCCCUCGAGGUACGAGGACGUUGAUGUGUCUACGCCUAGAGACAAUACGUUUCGGUACGAGGAAAUGAAAGAUGAUCCAGUGCCUUUACAUUCCCAAAAGGAGGUAUCUCAACCAAAACGAAACGCUGACUCACGGAACAAUACGGGAAGGGACGAAACGUCCCGAACUGUGCCAAAAGCCUAUGGGCAAGCAAGACACUCUGGUGAUUCAGAUAGGAGGGAAACGUAUGAACAAAUUCGGCUCGAAAGGGAUGGCUUGAUUCGAGCAGAAGCUGCUUAUAAGAAAAGGGUAAAGCAGCUGGAGGAUGAAGCGAAGCUGUUUGUGAAAGAUGUUGACAACUUGUCAGAAGAAAAUAAAACUUUACGUGCCAGAAUGGAGAGUUUGGAUACCAACAAGACGUCCCAUGUGGAGGAGGUGAGGAAGGAAAACCUACAAUUAUUGCAAAGAUCGGAGAAGCUGGACAGAGAGAACCAAGGAUUAUGGAUGGAUAACCAGAAACUCAAAACUGAAAAGACGGAACUGGGGAACAAAGUUCACAGACUCACGUCAGAUAUUGAAGCAUUGCAAAAAGCCCUCAAUACCACCGAAUCUAAGAAGAAUGAGGAAAUUAGGGAUCUCAGCAACCAGAACAAAAAGCUGGAAUCUGAUUAUGAUAAUCUGAAAACUUCAGUUUCCGAUCUCGAAAAGAAAGUUGUUGAACUGCAAUCUGAGAAUAGAGCAUUAACUGAGAGUUUAAGUGGAAAAGAUCGAGAGCUUGAAGAGUUGACGAAAGCUCUCCAAAGUGAUAAGGAAAUUCAAAAUGACUUGAAAAUGAGCCAAACUGAAUUAGAACGUGUGCGCAAAAAUUUGAAUAAUAUCACAAAAGAGCUGGAACAGUUCCAGAAAAAGUUCAAAGACCUUGAGGCAGAGAAGGGUAAGGUUGAGGAAACAGUUAAAGAAAAAGAUGGUGAAAUUUUCAACAUGAAAGAUACACUCAGGAAAAGAAAGUCAGCGAAUGCAGACCUUCAAAAUCAGAUUGAAAGUUUGAAAAAAGAAAUUGAAAAAUUAAAAGCUGAAAAUGCAGAGUUGAGAUUACUGAAAAAAGAUAUAUCUGACAUGAAAGACAAAGUGAAAAGCUUGAAUGAUGAGCUUGAGAAGAGGACUGAAGGCAACAAGAAACUCAAGCGUGAAAAGUCUGAUAACAAGACUUAUAUAGAAGACUUGAAACGAGAGCUUGCAAACGCAGCAGCUUCAGCUGAAAGUGAAGCUGAAACAUUCCGUGAAAAACUGACUACCGAACAGCAAACGACGAAAACGAUGAAAGAAGAGAUGGAACGAAAAUCAAACUACAUAUCACAACUUGAAACUGAAACAUUCGAAAUGAAUAUGAAAUUCGAUUCCCUCAAUGAGAAAGUACGAGAACUGGAACGGGAACAGAAGGAAUGGGAAAGUAAAAGAGAUCAUGUUGGUGAAAUAGAAAGUAAUAACAAGAAACUGAUAGAGGAGAAUAGACGUAUUCGGCAGAUGUUGGUAGAGAGGAACAUGGAGGUGACAAACAGGAAGACCGAGAAAACAGUGCUGACGUCCCGGCUGCAGAAGAUGGAAAAGAAGCAAGUGGACUCGGACCUCAAGGUGAAGCAGCUGCAGGGAUGGGUGGACGACAUAUACAAGGAAAAUGAUCCCCAUCGUCGUUGUGACUACUACACCUUUGGCAGAGCCUGGUCGCGCCAGACCCAAUAGACCUAAACCCAAAAAGCCAGUUUCCAAAAGUCUGGAACCAAUUUCUAAAGGAUCCAGUGUAAGUUUGGAGGACCUUCGUCAAAGUGAUCAUCGAAUCCCUAGCCCGCUCACACCACCGAGUCUGCCAGCCAUCGACUUUAAGGUCCAGAACAUUGGCUAUUAUGAUAUCUAUAAACAGAAGCUAAAGCUGAUGCGAGAGAGGCGGUAUUAAUUGUUGUGGGCAAUGUGAGAUGGGUGGUGGUGCUGGAUGGAUUAUUUCAAGGGAAGAAGUUUAAUGUGUUCCUGAGUGCCUUUGUGGAUUCCUACCAAACAGAUGCAAAUAUGUUGUGCAUGUGACAGGAUUAUCAGUUGGUAAGCUGACCUAGAUUGGUAUUUGUUCUUUCAAUAAUAUUUUUAUACGGACAAUCCCCCAAAGACAAGCUUUUUAUAUGUACGAAAAUGUAUUUUGUUUCAAAUCAAGACGCGAACUUAUAAAUAAUUGACUUACGAUUAAUAUUUUUCUCUAUUCCCCAGUGGGCCUUUCUUGGCUAAGAUUCUCGAAAAGACCCAGAUGAAUAUGAGAAUAUUUAGAUUAUAUUGAAACGUCAUGGGUUAUUGUAAUCAGCAUGAAAGAACAGUAAUGUUGUGGAAGUACUAGACAACAUAUUGUUCAUUUACUGGUGUGGAUAUGUUCAUGGUGGUCGAACGACAAUGGAAGGUCAUUAAGGUUACACAAUGCUAACCGAAAUCUUUCGAUCCUAUGCGGACAAAGCUAGCUCAAAUACGAUUGAUUGUACAAAGAGGAUUGCAUGCACUCUGAUUCCCGGGGAUUGUGAAGGAUUUACAAAGUGGCACAUUGCAACUAGUGACAAGGCUCUGUUUAACCACUCUGCUUUCGAGUAUAGUAUUAUCAGUUGCAUCUGUUUUGCACAAGUUUAUACAAAAUCCGUCACCUUCGAUAUAUUUUAAACCACACAUUUCGUUCAACAUGUAUCGGGAAAUAUUAAGAAUAAGUUUCAUGUUUUUGUAUCAUUUCUUAGGAUUAUGAAUAUUAAGUCUGUAUUCAUAUUUUGUGGAAUCUUUACGAUCUCAGUAACGUUGUACCUGGUGAAUUUAGUCAACAUAGUUCAAAUGUUUUCAGUUUCAUGCCUACUUACUCGGAUCCAAAUUUCUUGCAGCAAAAUAGAUUACGUUUUAUUAUUAUUUAGCUUAUGUUUUAGUAUUAUUUAGCUCAGUUCGAACAGUGAACACAUACAAGCAUGUCAAAAUGUCAAAACAUUUCCUGAAGUUGGUGUGAGACAAGGUCUCUUAUCUGAGUACCACUAUUACCUUCUCUGCAGGAGGGAGCAAGGAGUAGGGUUCAACUCACCCUGCACUUGACGCAGGGUGGAGUGGAAGGUCCCGUGUGGUCACAGAGAAGUAGAAGCGUGUUGACUUUCACGCAGGAACAUAGGAACGCUCAACAGUCUGUGAUAUUAAUCUGUGAUACUUCGCAUAUCGUAAGAGGUGCAUUAACAAUCACAUGUAGACCUUUUACCGUCAGUAUUCCGCUCUAGGAGCGUCGGAGAGUCAUUAUUGGAUAUUAUGUUUAUCUUGUGGCCAUGUGAUGCAUCAGGUGGCCUUUAGACCCAUUGCCUGGUCUUGCCCCGAAGAACGUUUGUGCCCGGGUUAGAAUAAAAUAUGUGUCAUGGGGCUGGGAAAAUCUUUAAAAAUACAUUUCCAACAAUACUUUAAUUUUUGGGUAACAGGGUAGCAGUGUUCUAAGGCGCAUUUUUUCCCACAGACAAUUUGUUGGCAGGAUCCGCUGGUUGAGUUUGUAUCCGAGAUUCGCCCAGAUUAUGAUCCUUAGUCUGACACACUGUAAAUAACAGUGCUAGUGCAAGUUGAAUUCUGGCUAAAAGGCGAAA